AUGGCAGCUAUAGAACUCAAAGCUAGAGAUGCAGUCGCAAAAGCAGAAGCUACAGUUGGUUCUGCCUAUUUUUACACAGACCUUCAGCAAGUGACUAAGGAUAUUCAGACCCAAGUUAUGACAACGUCAAGUGCAGGAGGACCAAUCACUCAGCUAUCAUCAUCUGAGGUUGCCGGUAGUAUUGAAAAUCCUGCUGCCACUUCCAUAAGUUCGUUAGUCAAUUCUAAUAUUACGGCUAGCACUCAAGGGGGGAUUAAUUCAUCAAUAACGUUGAACCAAUCUCGGAGCAGCACUCCUGCCACCGGCUCUGUGGAAAGUAUUCUGACCGAUGAUCUUACAGGAAGCAUCCAAAUUGACACAUCAUUUUCAAUUACUGGAGUUUCAUCAUCACCGGUGGGGACCCAAAGCACCAAAGCAACAAGCACGGGCAAUUCAGGUGCCGCUCCUAUUAGGUUCACAUCAGGCCAUCAUUCAUGCAAGUUUCAGAUGCUUCUUGGAUCUAAGAAGAACCAGAAGGUUACCAAGAAGUUUACUGUUGACUGCUCUGCACCAACAGAAAACGGUGUUUUCGACCCAGCCUCUUACGUUAAGUACUUGGUUGAGCACAUCAAGGUUGAAGGACACACCGGAAACUUGGGUGAAGAGAUCACCGUUUCUCAGGAGGAUGACACCAAGGUUGUUAUCGUUGCUUCUGCCAAGUUCUCUGGUAAGUACUUAAAGUACCUCACCAAGAGAUACUUGAAGAAGAACCAGAUCAGAGACUGGAUCAGAUUCGUCUCUGUCAAGAAGAACGAAUACUCCUUACAGUUCUACUCUGUUGCCGUUGAUGAGGAUGAGGACAAUGAUGAUGAUGAGGAAGAGGAGGAAGAGGCAGCUGCUGACGAAGAGUAA